UCAUCGAAAGAGUUUAUUUUUCAACUCUUCUUUGGUCACAUCUACUUAUUUCUCUCUCUACAUCUAUAUAUAUAUAUAUAUGUAUGUAUCUACGCCCUACAUAUACGUAGAGCCGUUGUUUAUCGCUACCCUACUUUCAGUCGGUCCACAGUAGAAACGGAACCAGUCGGCGGCUUGUAGAGCUGAUUCCCAACUCUCCUCCUCUAUCAAUCGGAAAACCCCAACUCCGAUCAUCGAUAUCGCGAUUCUGUGCGGUUUCGGAUGUAAUGCCCUUCAUCUGUUCGUGAAUUGAAACGAUUUGAGUUUGGAGCAUUUUGUUCAACAAUGGGUAUGUCUGAAUCGGAUCAACCCGACUCCGAUAUGAGACCUGGUUCCCGUCCUAAGCCUUUUCAGAUCGAUCUUAACGAAGCUCCUCUUCCUUCUCCUCGCGAGGCCGCCUCCGCCGGAAGGAAAGAACACGGAGCAGGGUUUUCUUGCGAGUUUGGAGUGAAUGUUUGCAGUUCGUGUGGUAAUGCAGGAACAGCUGAUGAGGGUGGCAUGUUGUUGACAUGCCGCGGGUGUGGGGAAGAGUCGCAUAGGAGGUGUCUGUCAGCUGAUAAUGGCGGAGAUUUGGAUUGCUUCAAGUGUCUGCUUGGGAAGAACAUUAACAAGAGGAUGAGAAGGGGGGUUGUGCAUUUCGAUAUUAAUGCAUCGCCUCCACGUGAAGCAGACGGUGAAGGCUUUCUUGGGGAGGUUCAGAGGACUGGAAUUGGAGCUCUAGAUAGAGAAAGAGAGCAAAAGGCUAUCAAAUUGCAUCCUGUGCCCAACAUUUCUACUAUUUCCCAGUCAUUAUUAACUGCCGCUAUUCAACAAGCAAAUUUUCCGCGCACGGACAAUGGAUUUCUCAAUAAAACAUAUGAAGUUUCACAUAGUCUUAAGGCAGGCUUUCAACCUGAUGUUCAUAAUGGACUGACUAGAGUUGAAGGUUUUAGUGCAAAUUCUACGACCUUUCUUCCUAUAAGGUAUCCCUCCAAGGAUCCUGGAGAACUUCAUUUUAAAUAUCUUGCAGAUUAUAUACAUGAGAAAGGGGGAACUCUUGGAAAUGGUUGGCAUGUAGAAUUUAUUCACCAUGAGAAGAAACCUAAAGCUUAUGCAGUGUACUGUGCUCCUGAUGGAAGUAGGUUUGAAUCAAUGUUUGAAGUUGCCUGUUACCUUGGGUUGAUUUCCAACAAGACUUCUUUUGAAAGUUUUGAAGGGAGUGAUAAAUAUGGACCAUUUCAGCGGGGGUUACAUUAUAACCGAAGGCAAACCAAAUCUGGCAAGAUUUCAAGAUCCCAAAAUUGCAGGGGAAGUUCGGAUUCUAUGCAAUUAGAUUCUGACAUGGACAAAUCAUCUGGUAUUGAGUUUAAUCUUUCAAAUAUAUUAGAGAGGACAGGUGGGAGCACCAGAGCUGGCUCCAUCUCAAAUGUUGGUUUUGCUUUUCAACAUUUUGAGGAUGGGUGUCCGUUGCAGUUCGAAGAUUUUUUUGUUCUGUCUGCAGGGAAGGUCGAUCCUCGACCAUCUUACCACAGUUCUAGCCAGAUCUGGCCCAUUGGUUAUAAAUCUUGCUGGCAUGAUAAGCUUACAGGAUCACUUUUUUUGUGUGAGAUAUUGGAUGGGGGUGAUUCUGGUCCCAUUUUCAAGAUAUGGAGAUAUUCAUGUUCGAAAUAUUCCAUUCCAAUUGGUUCAACAAUCCUUUCUAGGCAUAAACCAGAACAAAAAGAUGGACAAGGUAAAGUAUGUGAAAAUGGUCUAUCUGCUUAUGAAAUGGUUGAUUGUGAGAGUACAAACCUUGAGUUGAUUCUCUCAGAAGAGGCUUCGCCGUCUCUGGCUGAUAUUGAUUUUGAGAAGGUGAGUUUUUUGGCACCUGAGCCUAGCAUGGGAUCCAAUGAUCUGAGGCUGCAUGAUUCUAUUAAGGAAUUUUCUUCAGAGGGGAGAUCAGCAUCAUUGGCUUGGGAGACUGUUUUACAAACUUUAUUGCUUGCAAUCCAGGAGACAUUUGAGAAAACAGGCAUGCUUCAAUUUUGUUGUAACCAUAGCCUGGAUUUAGUGAGCCCAAGAGCAUCGGAGAGCAUUGAUUAUUCCUUAUCUAAGUUUGGUAAUUCAUGGAAAUCACUAGUUGAAAUCCCACAUGUGAUCCGGUCUGUGCCUGAGUUUAAAAUUGCAUUUGCAUCUUUGGGGAAGUGGUUACAAGAGGACAGACUUGGAUUUAAUGCAGAAUUUGUACAAGAGAUCCUUGAGAAGCUUCCUGGGGUCAACUCCCUUUCUGAGUACAUACAUCUUAGUAAACGGAGUCAAUAUACAAAGUCUCAAACAGUUGGAAAUGGAUUUCUUCAUGCUAAAAGGACAAUUACUUUUACACCUAACAGUCGAAGGCCGUCAUCACAUGGGGAGUCUAGCAGGACGAAAUGCUUCCCUUUAGGCAAGCCACUGAGUUCAAAGCUUCCGGUGCAUCUUAUGGGUGAUGUGCUGCAGGCCUGGGAAUUUUUGUCCCAUUUCACCGUGGUUUUAGGCCUGGAGGAGCAGUUUUCUUUCCAGGAACUUGAAAACGAACUUGUUAAUCCAUGGCCAGAUCACAACAUGGCAGAUGAGGUUGAGAAAGAUAUUCAAAAUGUUGAUGUUACUGCGUGUACUGGCAUAUCAUUGAGAAAGGCCCACUCCUCUUUGCUUAAAAUAGUUGUAGGUGAACUCCUUGAUAAAGUGUCGGCAUAUGUGGAUACUAGUUUUGAGGGAGGAGAGCAUAAGUCAAAACGAGGUAAAAAGAAAGAUGCUGACCAUGUAUCCAAUCUAAAGAAAGCAAAGUUUGAUCUAUUGCAGAACAAUGAAAUAACUUGGCCUGAAUUAGCACGGCGUUAUAUCUUGCUUACUUUGUUCACAAAAGGUAACCUUGAUUCAACUGAGAUCAUUCAACAUGAGAGUGGCAGGAUUUUUCGUUGCUUACAGGGUGAUGGUGGAACUCUCUGUGGUUCUCUCACUGGAGUGGCAGGCAUGGAGGCAGAGGCAAAGUUUCUUGCUGAAGCUACAAAGAAGAUCUUUGGCCUGAUGAAGAAAACUGAUCUUGUUGUCUCUCGUAAUGAGGAGCCUGAUUCUGGGGCUUCUCAAAUUAUUGCUGUGGCGGGUCCCAGUGAAGAAGAGCCUGAAUGGAUGCAGGCACUGGAACCUGUCCGAAAGCUGCCUACAAAUGUUGGUGCCAGAAUUAGGAAGUGUGUUAAUGAAGCUUUGUCGAAAAAUCCUCCUGAGUGGGCAAAGAAGAUUAUGGAACACUCAAUUAGCAAAGAAAUUUAUAAGGGGAAUGCAUCUGGACCAACCAAGAGGAUCAUUGUGAGCCUACUAACAGAUUCUGGAAGUAAAAGCAUUCAGCCCAUCAGGCCUGAAAAAAAAGAGAAGGUCAAAAGUGUCCUUACAACAUCAGAUCUCAUAAUGAAAAAGUGCCGAAAUGUGCUGAGGCAAGCCGUUGGGGAAGAUAAAGGAAAAGUCUUCUGCAAUCUGUUGGGAUCGACACUUGUCAAUCCUUCAGAUAAUGUUGAUGAAGGAACCCUGGGAUAUCUAGCAAUGGUGUCUCAGCCUAUUGACUUCCGGACAGUUGAUAUGAAGUUGGCUACAGGAGUAUAUAAUGGUUCACAUGAAGCAUUCCUUGAGGAUGUUCAGACGGUCUGGUAUAAUGUGCGCAAAGCAUAUGCUGAUCAGCGCAAUCUGAUCCACUUGGCAGACAAAUUGUCUGAAAAGUUUGCAGAUAUGUUUCAGAAAGAGGUGCUUGCUCUUGUCCAGAAAAUAGAAGAACCCAGAACGAACGCUACAAGUGAUGGAAGCCACUCGUCAGAAUUAGAAGACAUGCUUUUGCAUGCUUCUGACAGCCCACUAAUUGAAGCGCCUUGGGAAGAUGGACUUUGUAAGGUAUGCGGGGUGGACAAAGACGAUGACAACGUUCUACUCUGUGAUUCUUGUGAUUCUGAGUAUCAUACCUACUGUUUAAAUCCUCCAUUAGCAAGAAUUCCAGAUGGAAAUUGGUAUUGUCCAUCGUGUGCUGCAAAAAAGAACAAUUCUCAAGGAGCUGUAAAUAAUAACUCUGAGAUGGUUAGUUGCAGCCAGAAAAGGAUUCCCCAAGGUCCCACAUAUGAUUUUUUGAAAGCUCUCGCAGGGCUAGCAAAAUCCAUGGAGACAAAGGACUACUGGGAAUUGAGCUUGGAGGAGAGGGUCUUCCUUUUGAAGUAUCUAUGUGACGAGUCCUUGAACACGAGUGUAUUGCGUGAGCACCUGGAGCAGUGUGCAUCUACAUCUGCGGACUUGCAGGAGAAGUUGCGUGGUAUUUCAUUAGACUGGAAGAAAGAAGACUUACUGGCUAGAGGGAAUGCCAUGCAAACCAGUGUUGGAGUAUCCACUACAGAAGAAUCAAACAUCCUUAGAGGUGAUACUAGAGUAUCAGAGGGAUUAAGAGGUUCAGUUUCUAAGAGUAAUCAGGUUCUUAAGGCCGUGCCUAAUAUUCUUGCAAAUGGCCAUCAAACUGUUUCCGAAGCUAAUGGAAGUGUCUUGACCAGUCUUGAGAUGAGCACACUGAAGAAUGGAGUUUCUGAUAUAGAGGAUUCUAUAGCACUUAUAGAAUCUGAACUUCUUAGCAUUUCGGUUCGGAAAGAAAGCUUAGGGAAGGAUUCCUCUGACCGAGUAUACUGGGGUUUUAGUGGGCCAAGAAAUCCCCCAUUUGUGGCUGUUAACAGAGUCAUCGAGGAGCAGACUCCGAUGAAAAAACUUGGUGGCGUAUCUGCCACCUGGUUUUGUUAUCACGAUGCUGAAAUUAAAGAGCUUCUUGGAUGGCUAGAAGACGGCAGUUUAUGCGAGAGAGAGUUAAAGGAAUCUAUUUUGCAAUGGCAAAGAAAUAAAUUGAAGGAAUCAAGUCAUGCUGGUGACAACCAUGUCAGAAUAGAGAAACACUCGAGUUUCAUGCAGAGUAGAGCCCUUUCUUCUCUAGAAAGUAAGGUUGGUCCUUUCUCGAAUAUACAAUGCGAGGAAAAAAUGUACAGAUGCGUAUGUUUGGAACUUAUAUGGCCAUUUAGGUCACAUUGCAUAUCAUGUCAUAGGACAUUUCCUAACAGAGGGGAAUUAGAGAAGCACCAUGAAUUGAUAUGCAGUGGAAGUUCACCUGAAUCUGUGGCAAAAGAAGAUCACAAGGAUAAAGGGAAGAAAGUUGAAAAACCAGUUGAGAAAAGCCGUGGGAAGAAGGAAAUCUCCAAAGGUUCAAAAAGUGAAAAAUCUGAGAUAGUGAAAUUUCAAAGUCAUCCAGAUUGUCCAUUUGAUCUGAAGGAGAUAUGUAGAAACUUCACCACCCAAAACUGUCUUAAAGAACUGGUAAGUGGCUUAGGAUUUAAAGACAGUGGUGGAAUUCCAAAAUUUGUUGCCAAUGAUGAAUCACCAUAUUUGAGCGACCCUUCAUUGAAAUUGCCACCUUCUUCAUCCAGAGGGGAUGAAAAUGACUUAGGACUUGCCAAACAAGGUUCAGCACUAGGUACCAACAUAAUUGAUGUGGCACCAAGAUCUGAGAUACCCACAAGGAACAAAGGCGGUCAAAGGGUUGAUGUGAGAUGCAUUAUUCCUAAAUCAGCACUGAGAAAAUUAGUAGGCAGGGUUUCUAAUAUUCUCAGGCAUCUCAAGGUCAAGUUGCUUGAUAUGGAUGCAGCUCUUCCUGAGGAAGCUAUCAGGCCUUCAAUGGCAAGUUUUGAGAAACGAUCCACCUGGAGAGCAUUUGUUAAAUCAGCAAGUUCAAUCUAUCAGAUGGUCCAAGCAACAGUAAUGCUUGAACAGAUGAUCAAAGCAGAUUACUUGAAGAAUGAAUGGUGGCACUGGUCAUCUAUAUCUGCUGCUUCAAGUAUUGGCACACUUUCUUCACUUUCCAGGCGAAUUUGCAGUUUGGAUGCAACAAUGAGUUAUGAAAAUUUACCAUCAACAGCUCCAACUGAUUCAACAACAGACUGUUCAAAGUCUGUUGAGUCUGAUAAGUCCAGACCAAGUAAAUCCAACAAAAGAAAGAAAGAAUAGGAUGGGGCUAAGUCUUUCAUUCUAAGUUGGUUCCUAAUAGAAUAGGAAAAGGACAUCUUUACAUAGUAAAUCACAUCUCAUUACAAAAGAAUAGAAACUGAAUUGAAUUGUUAAAGUUUUUGUUAUAUUGUUAUCAUAUACUCUAAAUCAUUUAUGUAGUCAAAUAUUUCUUACUUUU